AUGGGGUCAUUGAAGAAUUUUUUCAGUGUCGGUGUUGGCGGAGAACUUGGGGCUACAGUACCUGAGAGCUCGGAAAAUGUGUCUGAUGGAAGCCUGAAGUAUGUUGGUGAGAAGGGUGGCAACGAUGCCCCGUUGACAUACCAAGAGGCAUCCGGCGCCCCUAUUGAGCACAACUCACCUCUGGGCUAUUCUGUCGGCCCAGUCACUAUUGUACUCAUCAACGUCACUAUGAUGAUUGGCACCGGCAUCUACUCUACGCCAUCUUCCAUUCUUUCGGGCACCGGCUCCGUCGGACUAGCUUUGAUCUACUGGACUCUCGGCUAUCUGAUAUCUCUUGCAUCGGGCGCCGUCUAUCUCGAAUUCACGGCAUACUUUCCGAGCCGGUCCGGAUCCGAGGUCGUCUUUCUUGAGCAGGCCUACCCACGACCAAUGUGGUUCUUUCCCACGACUUUUGCUGUCCAGAGCGUUCUUCUGUCCUUUGGAAGUGCCAAUGCAGUCGUCCUGGCCAAGUACCUGUUUGCCAUUUCUGGCCACGCCGGUUCCAAUUGGCAUGUCAAAGGUGUGGCUAUUGCUGGAUACACCAUUGCCGUUUUGUCCUUGGUCUUUAACACAAAAUACGCGUUUCGCGUUUCCAAUCUCAUCGGCAUCGUCAAGAUCUCAACGCUUCUGUUCAUUAUCAUCACUGGCUUUGUCGUCCUCGGUGGUAACACAUCGGUCAAAGACCCCAAAGCCAAUUUCCGCGACGCAUUCAAAGGCACCGGAUCGGCGGGUGCAUAUGGUGCCACGACGUCACUUUACCGCAUUAUUUUCUCCUACGGCGGAUACAAUAAUGCAUUCAAUCUUGCUAAUGAAGUAAAGAACCCUGUAAAGAAGUUAAAGGUCUAUGCGACUGCUGCUCUAACCAUUGUGUACAUCCUGUAUAUGUUGGCCAAUGUGGCAUGGCUUUCUGCCAUUCCCAAAGAAGAGCUGCAGACAUCCGGCCUCACAGCUGCCAGCCUCUUCUUCACAAAGGUUUUCGGAAACAGCGGCCACGUCCGAGGACUGAACUUUCUGAUAGCCCUGAGUGCAUUCGGAAACAUCAUGGCCGUCAUUAUCGGCUUGUCCCGCAAAAUCAGAGAGUCUGGACGACAGGGCGUUCUACCAUGGACCAGCUUCUGGGUAGGGACCAAGCCCUUUGGAACACCCAUUGGUCCCUACUUUGUUGUAUGGGGCUUGACCAUGUUGAUUAUUUUGGCCAUCCCCUCGGGAGAUGCUUUCAACUUCGUGAACGAUCUGAGCACCAUUCCCAGCGCCGCCUUCAACUUGGCCAUGGCAGUCGGUGUUUUUGUCGUGCGAUGGCGCCGCAAACGUGCUAAUCUUCCUGAGCCCGAGUUCAAGGCCUACAACUUCGUCGUAAUUUUCAACAUCCUCGUUCAACUAUACCAGCUCAUCAUGCCUUGGUAUCCCCCCUCAGGCGGCAUCAACGAUGGCGACGUCAGCUUCUUCUAUGCAACCUAUGCAGUGACUGGAGUUGGAAUCCUGAUCGCAUGUGGAUCUUACUACUACUUCUGGGUCAAUCUGCUACCGAGAUGGAGGGGCUACAAGCUACGCCAGGAGAUUGUCACGUUCGACGAUGGUGCACGGAGCCAUCGGAUCACCAAAGUUCCGGUCAGCGAGGCUGAGCAAUGGGAUGCGGAUCAUGAUGCUACCGGGCGUCUGCGCAAUACGUACGUCGCUGAGUCCGAGGGUCAUGAAAAGGAUUCCCAUGAUGCAUGA